AUGGCCUCUACCUCGGCCACUCUCGUGCCCCAGGCCGUAAGCUCAGGCGAGCUUACUGACCUUGUUUCGUCGUCUACAGCUGCCACCGUUUAUCCUACAGAUGAUUCCAUCCUCGCUGUUCUCAGCGCUCGAUUUCGCGCUGAUUUACCCUACACUAGACUCGGAUCCACAAAUCUUGUGGUAGUCAAUCCUUACAAGACACUCGCCAACGUCAACGAUGCUAACGCGAAGGAGUACGAAGAGAGAUGCUACAAGGACACCAAGCUGGGCUUGGCAGAUUCUCGGAGACCACCUCAGCCUCACUUAUAUGAGCUAGCAGCGAAAAUUUAUCUCCUUAUGAGAAGGAGGAACGAGUCUCAAGCAAUUGUCACUCGGGGAAUCUCAGGCUCGGGAAAGACUACAAGCAGUCGCCUGCUCGUAGACCAGAUUUUGCGCCUUUCGGCUCACUCCAAACGAGAGGCCAAAAUUGCCGAGCAAAUCAAGUCUUUCUCGCUGCUGCUCGAGUCUUUCGGAAAUGCAAAAACUGCUGUGAACCCAAAUGCCUCGCGUUACACACGCUACACGGAGCUUCACUUCAACGACCGCGGGCGUAUCAGCGCUGCGAAGGUUCUGGCCUUUGGGCUUGAUAAGUCCCGCUUGACACGCUUGUCGCAUGAAGAACGAUCUUACCAUGUGUUCUACCAACUUCUUGCCGGAGCUACCCCAAUGGAACGUGACUACAUGGGUCUGGAAGGUCCUUCCGACUAUGCCCUGUUGGCAUCAUCCAGUUGCUACCACUUACCUGCCGGCCCAUUCAGUGAUGACGGUAUCGCAAUGGAUGAGUUGCGAGACGCCUUGAAGACGUUAGGUUUCAAGUCCAAGCACGUUUCAUCAAUAUUUAGCGUGCUCGCUGCUAUCCUGCUGCUUGGCAACCUCGAAUUCGGGGAGGCCGAUGCACAGGACGUCUCUGCAUACAUCCUGAACGUACCAGUUCUCCAACAGGCAGCAAAGCUGUUGGGCGUUUCCCCUGAAGAACUCAGCGACACGCUGACGUACAAAACGAGCUAUGUCCGCAAGGAGCUGUACACCGUGCUACUCAAUGUGCAGCAAAGUGCAGCACAGCGGGAUCAGCUAGUUCGCGAUCUCUAUGCAAUCCUGUUCGCAUUCGUGGUGGAAACAGCCAAUUUCAAGCUAGCCCCCGCCUCCCUAAACCCUACAUGUUCCGCCACUCGCAUUGUGCUGCUUGACCAAGCAGGUCAUCAGACGCGGGCACCUUUGGGGUCGAGUGGCCCAACUCCCCUAAUCUCUGCUCAUCGGAAUGGUUUUGAUGAUUUCUGCAUCAAUUUCACCGACGAAAUCGUACAAUCCCACAUCCUCCACACCGUUUUCGAUGACAGCACAGGGUUUAAUAGUCGUGUCAUUGCUGAUGGGAUCUCGCUACCGGCCGUCGUUGCUGUGGGCAACUCAGCCUGCACUGAGCUUCUUCGGGGCCCAUAUACCACUGAGAAAGCGUCACGGAAACCUGGCGGUCUCCUGGGUGUCGUUGACAAGGCUGUAACGUCCUUCAAAUCAGGGCGUGCGGGCGAUCAGCGGAAUGCUGAGCUGUUGCAGGAUUUGGUUGCCAAGUUUGGUGUGCACUCGUCGUUCAUUACAGCACCGUCCGCGGACGAGAGGAGAUCAUUCGGGAUCAACCACUAUGCAGGUCCCUGUUCAUACGAUAUUAGCAACUUCGUGGAGAAGGAUGCUGACAUGCUUGACCCUGCUUGCGUCACUCUCCUUCGCAGCUCAACUGAUGCAUUUAUUGCGAAGCUCAUGUCGGGUCCCAGCUUGUCUACGGAAAAGCACCAGAGUGAUGAGGAAACUAUCGUCCAAGCUCAGGUAUCUUCCCGCCCCCUUCGCACGCUCACUCAUUUGGGAGAAAGCUCGAACGAGAACCCUCGCCUAAACCCAUCCAAAAUCUAUCCCGUCACUACCCAGCUCAACCAGACGCUUUGGGAGGUCUUGUCCAACAUCGAGAAUGUGCCGAUGUGGACCAUCACGUGCAUUCGUCCCAAUGAUACUGGAUUCUCCAACUCCCUUGACAGGCGUCGCGUCAAAGCGCAAAUCAGGGCUCUGCUACUCCCAGACAUUGUGUCGAGGAAACAGGUUGAGUUUGUUGUAGAAUUUGAUCAGGCAGAGUUUUGUGACAGAUAUCGUCCUACUAUGCGCGGAUCGGACGCUGAGCGCAUGCGUCAGUGUGCCCAGUCUAACGGCUGGAGAGAGGGCAUCGACUUUGAGAUUGGAAAUCAGAGGAUCUGGCUGUCGUACUCGGCAUGGAAGAUGGUAGAAGAUGUCGUGCGUUCUGAGGAGAAAGAGCAGAAGAAGCUUUCUCGCGAGGAUUCACAAGAGGACGAGAGCGCCAUGCUCGAUGAUGCCACAGACUACCCUGGCGAUGAACGGCAAAACCCGAAACCUUCCGAAGCGCCACCUCCCCUUAUGUCUAAAUCUGCCAUCUUAUCCACAGAUAACGCUCCCGAGAUGUUAGAGGAACAGCUGCCAACCACCCGAACCCGACGUUACUGGCUUUAUCUCGUUUACUUCUUCACCUGGUUCGUUCCCGACUUCCUGUUAUCGUGGCUAGGUCGUAUGAAGCGUCCUGACAUGCGCCUUGCGUGGCGAGAGAAAGUCACCAUCUGCAUCCUCAUCGUCCUCGGAAAUGCCAUUGUCCUCUUCUACAUCAUCGCCUUCGGUGUCAUUCUCUGCCCGAACUUCAAGUAUGCGUGGACGGAGAAUGAAGUGGCUCAACAUGUGACUAGCAAUGAUUACUAUGUCUCCAUUCAAGGCAGGGUCUACGACGUCUCCAAUUUCAUUCGUGGUGACCACAGCGACAUCGUGGGGGAGGCAAGUAAUGGUGCGGAUACCCUGUCGGGGCUCGCUGGUACCGAUUUGACCUACUACUUCCCCCCUCCCUUAAAUGUGGCAUGCGCGGGUCUUGUCAGCGACCAGACGAUGAAAAUUACUCCACAGAACAGUACCCUACUCCUGUUCCCGCAAGCCAUGCAUUCCUCCGGAUACAAUGCUCCGACGACUCCCACAGCUCUCGACAACCAGGACUGGUACACUGCGACCUUCAGACCAAAGAUCGAUCAGUAUUAUCUUGGUCCAUUGGUUUGGGAGACAAGCGACGUCUACGCUCAGGGUACCCAAGCCACGACUCCGCGAUCAUGGGCAAUUUACGACGGCAGUAUCUAUGAUUUGACGGACUAUCUCUACACCCUGAACAUGAUCGACCUGGACGUUCCCCAGUACAACUUCCUUGACCCGAACCUCGUUGCACUCUUUGAGCAACAAGCCGGACAGGACAUCACUAGCGCUUUGAACACAAUCUUGGCCGCCAUGGGUACUGCGAAUAGUACUGCGAAUAUGGACUGCCUUGCCAACGCCUUCUACUGGGGAGAGACAGAUUUCCGAUACACUCCUAGAUGUCAAGUGCAGAACUAUCUUUUGCUUGCGUUCUCCAGUAUCAUCAUGGCCUCGAUGGGGUUGAAAUUCCUUGCUGCGCUCCAACUCAAUACCAAACGCUUUCCUGAGUUAUUGGAUAAGUUCGUGUUGUGCCAGGUCCCUUGUUACACGGAAGGAGAGGACUCCCUUCGCCGCACAAUCGACUCGCUUGCCGCUUUGGACUACGACGACAAGAGGAAGCUGAUCUUUGUCAUUUGUGAUGGGAAUAUCAUUGGUAGCGGUAACGAGCGGCCGACACCUGCCAUCGUUCUUGACAUCCUUGGCGUUGACCCAGCAAAUGAUCCUGAGCCUCUAAUGUUCAAAUCGGUCGGAGAGGGCUCGCAGAAGCUCAACUACGGCAAGGUAUACUCUGGAUUGUAUGAGUUCGAGGGCCAUGUUGUUCCAUACAUUGUCGUCGUGAAGGUCGGGAAGCCAAGUGAACGCUCGAAACCCGGCAACCGUGGCAAGCGUGACAGUCAGAUCCUGGUGAUGCAGUACUUGAACAGAGUGCACUUCAACGCAUCCAUGUGCCCGCUAGAGCUCGAGAUAUAUCAUCAGAUGAGGAAUGUUAUUGGCAUUGAUCCCCGCUCCGUAACUCCCCAAUCUCUUAACCGUCUAGUGGCAGCGACGAUAUCAGAUUCCAACAUAGUUGGCAUUUGUGGCGAAACGAAACUCCAGAAUGAAGAGGGAUCCUGGUGGACCAUGAUCCAGGUAUACGAGUACUAUAUCUCCCACAACUUGUCCAAGGCGUUUGAGAGUCUCUUCGGCUCAGUUUCUUGUCUGCCCGGCUGCUUCACGCUGUACCGCAUCCGCACCACUGACAAAGGCCGACCGCUCAUAAUCUCCAAUCGUGUAAUUGAUGAGUAUGCUGAUUGUAACGUGGACACUCUGCACAAGAAGAACCUGUUCUCCCUCGGCGAAGAUCGAUUCCUGACAACAUUGUUGAUGAAGCAUUUCCCUAACUUCAAGACCAAGUUCACUCCAGAUGCAGUUGCGCGUACCAUGGCACCGAUAUCCUGGAGAGUGCUGUUUUCACAACGCAGGCGUUGGAUCAACUCGACUGUUCACAACUUGUGCGAGCUUGCUGUUCUCCCUGAUCUUUGCGGAAUCUGCUGUUUCUCGAUGAGGUUCUUCGUCUAUCUUGAUCUGAUCGGUACUUUGUUGAUUUGGCUGAUCAUCGAGGUCGCAACCGGACAAUCGCCAUUCCCUCUGAUUUCCAUAAUCAUGUUGGCAGCGGUGUAUGGUCUUCAAGCUCUUAUCUUCAUAAUCAGACGAGAGUUCAUGCUUGUUGGAUGGAUGGUGGUCUAUCUUCUUUCGUACCCGGUUUACAGCUUCUUCCUGCCCAUAUAUUCAUUCUGGCGGAUGGACGAGUUCGGUUGGGGUAAUACCCGUAUCGUGCUCGAUGAUGGCGGAAGCAAGAAGGUCAUCGCGACCAACAACGAUGUCAAGUUCAACGAGUCUAUGAUACCGUACAAGAAGUUCAGUGACUAUGAGGCUGAGCAUUGGGGUGACAAUCAGUCCGGCAACUCGUAUGGAACGCCUCCUGAUCUCAACCAAGCCAACUCCAUGUAUCUUUCCGCCCCUCAGCCACGUCUUCCAUCGGGCUCACAACGCCCGUCCGUCUACGAGUAUGGCCGCUCUGAGUCAGGAGGAGACCAUGACUUCUACCGUGACACAAACAUGAUACAAAGUAACUCGUCGCAUCCCCACCUGCCCGCACCUUCGCGGCCAAGCUCUCGUGCCGUAUCUGACCUCAACCGUCCGCCACCUCAGAUGGCCAACUGGAGAGGACCCUCGCAAGAAAGGAUCAAUAUGUUCACUCCGUCCAAUUCGGGUCCACACGGGAGUGUGUAUGCCAUGACGCCGCCCGACUCACGUGUGGCAUCUGGAGUCUUUAACCGCUCCAUGUCCCCCGCCAUAAGCUUAAGUGGUCCUCCUCAGCCUUUCAAUGGAGGAAUGCGCCCGACGUCGACGUUCUCCAUGGCCACGACUGUGUUUGCCGGUCCCAGCCCGAACCCCAACCCCUCGGAUGAGGAGCUGUACAACGCACUCAGAAACUUUUUGAGCACUCAAGACUUGAUGACCGUUACAAAGAAGUGCGCUAUCGCCGCUCGCUUCCCCCGCGCGGACUUGACGCCUCGCAAGGACUUCUUGAACCAAUCCAUUGAUAACAUUCUUUCGCAUUAA